AUGGCAGCCAAAACAGCAGUAGUCACCGACAAGGCACCGCCGCCACUCCCGUUCUUCUCCCAGGCUAUCAAGUGUAAUGGGAUGGUUUACUGUUCUGGGUCGAUUGGGAUGGAUCCCGUGGCGGCGAAGCUUGUGGAGGGGGGUGUGGAGAAGAGAACUGAACAAGCCCUCGCCAACCUCAGCGCAGUCCUCACCGCGGCAGGCUCAUCCAUCGACAACGUCGUCAAAGUGAAUGUCUUCCUUACCGACAUGAAAGAUUUCGCGGCUAUGAAUGAGGUGUAUGCCAAGGUGUUUAGUAAAGAUCCGAAGCCCGUGAGGACGUGUGUUGCGGUGCAUCAGUUGCCGCUGGGUACGGAUGUGGAGAUUGAGUUGACGGCGCAUUUGUGA